UGAAGCUAGCACCAGCCAGACCCCUACCGCCAUCAGCAAGUCCAAAACCUGGCCCGGCUUCUCAAGAAGAUGCGAGACUUGAGCUCAAGUUGCAGGCACAGUCAAUAGCCAUGAUCCAUACCAGCUUCAAGACACAACAAGAUCAAGAAAUUGGAGCAUUUAAUCCAAUUGAAGAGCUACAGACCUCAUCCUCGUCUUCCUCCUCACUUGUAGAAUAGGAGCACUUUCUGUCUUGUCAUCAGAAGGCGAAAUUCUAUGCGGAAAUUCAAAAACGUCGUCGUUUAGUUCAUCCAUGGCAGAGAUGUAGGGAUUUCGCCGGAGAAUUUGGGGAUUCCGUAACGUGAUUUCAGAAGCUUUAGAGAAUUCAAUUUAUUGUUAAUUUCUGUUGGUCUUGUCAUUUUUUAUUAAUAUUCAACAAAAAUAAUCCGACCAUCGAAUUAUCAUGCAAAUAAAUGUUAAUUGAUUCCAAUUUUAAAGAUAUUUAUUCAUAAUUAGAGACACAAAACAAAUUUAAUCACUUUUGUUGUUCAAAUUUAAAACACAAAAUAUGAUUACUUAAUUUUUUGUAUGUGUAUGCCUUACCCAAAAAAAGGAACAGUGAAGCAGGGAAUUUAACGGCUUUUUGGUGGGAAAAAAGAAAUUCCAGAUUAAGAAGGGGUUAUGCAAACCGCUGCCAAUUCCUUCUCCUUUUCUCGCUAACUUUCCCUCUCUUGAUUAAUCCUUUUCCUGCCUUAGUAUUAUAGUAGACAAGAAGUAGGAAGAAGGCGGAUACUCUUUCCAUAUCUUUACUGAAGGGGGAAAUCUCGGGAAUUCGUGAAAACCUCUGAUUCCAGGGAGGAUAACGCAUUAGGGAGAGUAUGUCCAGAUUUUUCAAGCCGUCUGUGGACAAUAGUGAGUAUUGGGAAGUGAAGCUCGGGCACCAUCAAUGGGGGGAGUUCUCUAUGGCGGCUAUUAAAUCCAAUCUCGUAGUGGAAGGCCAUAGCCAGCUUGAGUCGGGGUCAAUGAGGUUGCAUCCAUCAGGCCAUUAUGGUACAUUCGUUGGACUCUACGACGGUCAGGGUGGACCUGAUGCUUCUGAGUUUAUAAGAGACCAUCUGUUUGAAAUUGUGAAAAGAUUAACGUCCCAUGUUGGAGAAAUGUCAGGUGGUGUUCUUGAUUUAUCAUUUUUGGCCUUAGAUCAACAGUAUCUUCAGUUAGUUAAGAAGCAAAGGGAAGCUUGGCCAAAUUUAUUGUCUGCACGGUCGAGCUGUUUGGUGGGCGUCGUAAUCGGAGGACGGGUAUACGUUGCCAAUUCCGGAGAUUCUAGGGCGGUCUUGGGGCGACUGCCUAGGCCCAAAAGACGCGUCCCAUUGGUCCUGAAGAGAUUGGCUAGGAACAAACGACAUGUCCAAGCCAUCACGUUAUCAACUGACCAAAACGCAAAUCUGCCAUCUGUCCAGCAGGAGGUAAAAACGCUGCAUCAGCUCGAUCACAGUAUCCUCCGAUACAAUGAUUACUCCUGGCGUGUCAAGGACCUCAUUCCGACUACAAGAUCAAUCAGUGAUGCUUACCUGAAUAGCUCGGAGUUCAACAGACGGCCUAAUUUGCCUGAAAGAUCUAGGGUGGGACCACCAUUUAACAAGCCGAUCAUUUUGAAGGAACCGACCCUAGUCAACCAUGAACUUCUUCCUGGGGAUGAAUUCAUUAUAUUUGCUUCACCUUGGCUAUGGAAACACCUUAGCAGUGAAGCAGCAGUUGAUACGGUGAAAAAUUCGUCGCGAAAGGGAAUCGCAAUGAAGCUAUUAAAAAAAGCAUUGAAGAAAGGAGCAUGGGAUGAUCAUAGGUUGACAUAUAAGAAGCUGAAGAAACUCAACAUUACGGAGAGGAGAUCAAUCCAUGAUGACAUCUCCGUUGUUGUUAUCUUCCUGGAUCACAAAUUGAUGAGAGGCGGCAUAUGCAACCAUCUCUCCGCAAUAUCUUAUGAAGCUAGCAGCAGCCAGCCCCGUACUGGUACUGAUGGAGAUAGCAGCAGCAGUACCGAUGGAGCGAGACAGCCCCAUACUGGUGAAGCUAGCACCAGCCAGCAACAUAGAGGUGAAGCUAGCACCAGCAAACUCCAUACUGGUGAAGCAAGCACCAGCCAACCCCAUACUGAUGGAGAUAGCAGCAGCAGUACCGAUGGAGCUAGAGGGAGCCAGCCCCAUACUGGUGAAGGUAGCGGGAUCCAGAUCCAUAUUGGUGAAGCUAGCACCAGCCAGCCCCCUACCGCCAUCAGCAAGUCCAAAACCUAUCCCGGCUUCUCACGAAGAUACGAGACUUGAUCUCAAGGUAGUCUAAAUGUUAGGAAAUCACUAUUGAAUUGGCAUUUUUCUUUCCUCAAACUUGAUAGAAUAAUAGUACAUGUUAAUGAUUAUGCCAGAAAUAUGCAUAGCUGACUGGCAUAUGAAACAGAGUAUAUGCUGAUCUAUCAUCAUAUGGAUUUUCUGUUUCUUUUGAUCCAUCCUUAUUGAUAUAGUACAUGUUAGUGAUUAUACCAGGAAGAUGCAUAACUGGUUCAUAGGAAAUUCUGGUAUAAUUUUUUUUUUUUUUUUUGUAAUAGUUACUAUACAACUUACUGCUCUAUAAUCAUAUGGAUUUUCUGAUC